GCGGCUUCCUGUUAGCUGCGCAAAGUGCGCAUGUUUGUUUCUCUCCUGUUGCUGCUUCCUGAAUGCGGAAAACAAACAAUUGGAGCGCCCCGCCGACUAAACAAGCGAAUUAAGAAGUUUCUAUAACACCUGAAGUGGAAGCAUGUGGCCAAAUCAAGGUUCAGCCAACCCAGCCUUCCCUCCUGGUUACAACCCCGCAUAUCCCUCCGUCCCCCCCGCAGGUGCUUUCCCCCAGCCCCCACGUCAACAGUACCCGCUCGUGCAGUAUCCAGCAGGCGUCAAUCCGGCAAUGAUACCCAACGUACCCCCGCUUGCCGCCCCGCCCUACGCCGGGGUUCAGGGACCACACUCCUACCCCGUGGCGCCCGGCGGGUAUCCGGUAGCCCCCGUCGGAGCCGUCCACCCUGGUGCGUACCCGCGCUCCCCGAAAGGCCACCACCAUCAAAAAAAGGGCCACCACAAACACAAGGGCCAUCACUACCAUGGGGGGGUCAACCCCCUCAAUCCCUUGAGCGGGGCAGUAGGUGGGGGCCUGGCUGGCAUGGCCAUGGGAAUGGUGGGACAUAAACACCACAAGAAGUUGAAGAAGGGGAAGAAGCUGAAGGGGCACAAGAUGCACGGGCACCACAAACAUGGCGGCAAGUCCUCCAGUAGUAGCAGCAGCAGCAGCAGCAGCAGCAGCAGCUCUGACUGAGGCCAUCAUCCAAUCUGUACGCCACUAUGCAUUUAUAACGUGGCUACCUCCUACAAGACAUUAAGAAGAAUUGAAUGGGUUUUCUGGGUCUAUACUGCUCUUCCAUCCAAAUAUAAAGGGGUUAACUGCUAAAAGGUAUUAUUAGUGAAUACUUCAACACAGUUUGUGGAAUAACACAGGUCAAUAUUUUACAGGCUGUUUUGUAUCAUUCUAGAAAUUAUCUCUAGGCCUGUUACCAAUAAAUAAUAUGUUACAGUUUUUGACUGUCAUAUCACUGUUUUUAAACUAAUGCAUGAAAAUAAUCUUUAGUGAUUUGCUAUAAUAAAUGUAUAAAAACCUAUACCAAU